AUGCUACCCCUGACUGCGCAGCAACUGGGCGCCCCAGGCAUUGUGGCUCUGGGCUCAGCGCUGCGUCAGCUGGCCGUGUCGGCGAAGCGCGGCGUGGCCAGCUGGGCCACAGUCGAUGUGGAUAGAUGGUCCGGAGCGCAUCCGGCAAAGGCCCAGAACCUGGUUGGCGGCAAGUGGGUCGACGCCGCGAGCAGCAUCACCGUCCCAGACCCCCUGAAUGGCGAGCCCUUCACGCACGUCCCCGACACCCAGGGGGACGCCGAGCUGCGCCCCUUCAUCGACAGCCUGAAGGCCGUGCCCAAGACGGGCCUCCACAACCCCUUCAAGCGGCCGGAGCGGUGGGCGCCGCGCGCGGCUGCACGGCGCGUCGGCGACGCGACGAUUGCAUAUGCUGGCAGGGGCUCCAUCUCAAUCAUGGUGGGCGAGGCGAUGCGGCGGCCCAAGGUGCUGGACUACUUUGCGCGGCUGGUGCAGCGAACGUCCCCCAAGAGCUACGCGCAGGCGGCGGCGGAGGUCACCGUGACGCGGCGCUUCUUCGAGAACUUCUCGGGCGACCAGGUCCGCUUCACCGCGCGGGGCUUCAGCGUGUCUGGCGACCACGCGGGCCAGACCAGCACCGGCCUGCGGUGGCCCUACGGCCCCGUGGCGCUGAUCACGCCCUUCAACUUCCCCCUUGAGAUCCCCGCGCUGCAGCUGAUGGGGGCGCUGUUCAUGGGCAACAAGCCGCUCGUUCAUGUCGACCACAGGGUGGGCGGCGCGGCGCUGAUCUGA